AUGACGGAGCCUCGACUCUCACGGCAUUUCCUGGGAGAAUCGUGCACGUCUGCUGCCUUGAUCCCCGUCCCCCAGUACCCGCACACCAGCCUCCUCGCCGUAGGAUCCUGGUCCACCGAUGCCCAGGAGCAUCGCGUGAGCCUGGUGAGCCUCCACGGCGGCCACCAGGCCGGGCCGUCACUGUCCUCCCUGGCCUCCCUGACAGUGGAUGGCAAGGUGGUGGGCCUGAGGGUGUACGGGACCGACGCCAGCCAGCGACAUGUUGUGGCGCUCACGAGGGCGGGCAGCCUGUGCUGCCUACGCUUGUCGCUACCCGAGGGAGGGGCAGAGUCCCUCCAUGGCAUGCAGGCCUCCGGCGAGGGCGUCCCCGCCGGCCGGCUGGGACCCCUGCACACCGCCCGCGGCGCCCAGCCCACCGGCCUGGCGCUCCUGGGCGCCGGCGCCCAGGCCGUCUGCGUCGACUGGCAGGGCGGGGCCCGGCUGGUGGACCUGGGCGCCGCGCCACGGCGCCACCCCGGCACCCAGCUCCUCGCGCCAGCCUCAGACCCCGAGCCAUCGCGCCGCUUCACCGCGGAGCUGUACCGCGAGCCCUGCGCGGGCAUGGCCGCGCUGGUGGGCGACGGCGACGCGCUGCUGGCCCUCACCGCGCAAGAGGGCCUGCUGGUGAUGCAGGGCGUGCUGGGCUGA